CUGAUAUUUAUAUUAUACUUUCGAGCUAAAAGCACGCUAAAUGUGAUGUUACUAAUAUAUUCUGCAGGUUUUGUUGAGAAAACGAUCUCGCAUUUUUUGUGCAUACAAUGCAUUUGGAAUAAAUCAAAACAAAACUAAAGAUGGUUCAGCAGUCUGAACGUUCGCGAGAUGUCCGGGUGGAUCUUUUGAGUGCUGGUUAUGGCCUGGGCUCGUGGAUUGCCAUGACAGGCUUAUGGGUAGAACUACCUGUGCUAGUUCAAAGACUGCCCGAAGGAUGGACACUCGCAUCACAAUUGGCCCUUUUCUUACAGGUUGCCAACAUCGGACCCAUCUUGUACGGUUUGUUCCAUCACUGGUGGCCGAAGUGGGUGACGGAACGCUCGGCCACACACUUUCAGCUGGCAUUAGGAGCAUUGUCCACUUUCCUGCUUAUUUUCACCUGGUCCACGACUAUCAACGGCAUUAGUGUUCCUUUUUUCGUCCUUUCAUUUGGAUUGUCCAUCGUCGACUGUACGUCCUCAGUCGUUUUCUUGCCUUUUAUGGCUAAUUUCAGGCCUUGUUACCUGACUCCCUACCUUGUGGGCGAGGGCUUGAGUGGUCUGGUGCCCAGUUUAGUGGCCAUCGCGCAGGGCAUCGAGAAUCCAGAAUGCGUGAACGUGACAGAGACAACCUUCUCACCAGAAUUAGGAGGUAACAUCACCACCGAGGUCCUGAUGCCCCGCAUAAAAGAACCACGAUUCUCACCGGAGUGGUUCUUCGUCAUCUUGCUCGCCAUGGUGCUCUUCAGCUGGCUAGCCUUUAUUCUGCUGGACAAACUGCCCUUCUGUCAGAAAGAGAAGGUUGAGUUUUCCACAAAGAAGGAAUCAAUGAAUGAUCAGUGCUAUGAGAUGCAAGUAGCGCCCUCUGGCCAAAAUGAUGACUUAGUUGAAACGACUCAACAUUCUCGAAUUCUGUAUUUUUAUCUUCUAUUCUUGCAAUUAUGGGCUUCUAUCGCCACUUUUGGAAUUUUCCCAGCAAUUCAACCGUAUAGUUGUUUGCCUUAUGGAGAUGGUCCUUUCCACUUGACUGUCACUUUAUGUGGGGUCGCCUAUCCUGCUGCUUGUUUGCUAGCAAUGUUUUUGGAGAUGAGGAGCGUGUCUUGGAUCUCCUGGCUGUCCUUGGCAUCGACUGUCGUGUCCUGUUACGCCUUGCUUACUGCCAUUAUGUCACCUCAUCCUCCUUUUCUUGAUUCUUCAGCUGGACCAGUUUUGAUAGUCGUAUGUUGGGUGAGUUUCAUGUUCGCUUUCUCCUACAUCAAGACGAUGGUGACGGUGCUCUUGGGAGACUACUGGGGCCAUCGAGCCCUCUUCUGGUGUGGGGCCGUGACACAAGCUGGCGCUGUAGCAGGAGUACUGCUUAUGUUUCUACUAGUGAACGUGUUCGAAGUCUUUCAAGAUGAAGGAAUGUGCCUCGUCUAGUCUAUUGGAUUUAGUCGAGGGAUUGCUCACCUGAAUUUGUUGGAAAUGGUACUGAAUAUAACACAAGACUUUUAAAUGCCCAGAAAUUGAGGCAUCUUGAAAAUAAUGAUGCUAUCCCUGUCAGCACAAGAUAUUGUGCUAUAUAUAGACUUUCUUGAUCGAUAUUCUGAAUGUUGCUCAGUAUCAUGAAGAUAUCGUAAUAUUGAACAUCGUGAGCUUAUAGGAAUUGCUUGCUCAGCAUUUUGUAAUAGAGGAGUAUUUACAGGAAGAGAAGGUUAUAUUGUGAAAUCACCUAUAUUUCUUUUAACUGCGUGCCGUCUUCCACUGUGGCAUGACAUAAUCCUGUUUUUAUGCUCAUAAGAUACCGAACAUAUUCCAAAAAAGAGUUUGGUGUCCUGCAUGCAAAGAAUAUGAUGGAGUGAAUUGAGUACGUUUCAAGUGUGGAUGAAAAUAUGGACUAAAUUAACCGGAUUUUAAAUGGCUCUUUUUUAUAAUCAUGUUAGCUCUGAGACGAAUAAAUGAUGUUUAUAUUUUUAAGAAGUGAUUAUAAUUUGGUGCCUGAAAUAAAUUUCCUG